AUGAGUGACAGCAAAAUUGUUCUAGUGACUGGCUGUGCUAAAGGUGGCAUUGGCUAUGAGUAUUGCAAGGCAUUUGCAGAGAAAAAUUGCCACGUGUUUGCCUCUGACAUCUCAACGCGGAUGCAAGAGAUGUCAGACUCGGAGUCAGAUAACAUAGAGACACUUGAGCUUGAUGUGUCUUGUGAUCAAAGUGUAGCUUCAGCUGUUGACACUGUUAUAUCAAAAUAUGGUCGCAUAGAUAUUCUGAUUAAUAAUGCUGGAAUAGGUAGCACGGGGCCUUUGGCUGAGUUACCACUUGAUACAAUUAGGAAGGCUUGGGAAAUUAACACACUUGGGCAACUAAGAAUGGUUCAGCACGUGGUGCCUCACAUGGCUAUGCAAAAAAGUGGGAGCAUAGUUAAUGUUGGAAGCGUGGUAGGCAUAGUGUCAACACCAUGGGCAGGGUCUUAUUGUGCUAGCAAAGCUGCUGUGCAAGCUAUGUCAAACAGUUUGCGCCUAGAACUUAGGCCAUUUGGGAUUAAUGUAGUUCUAGUUUUGCCAGGGUCUGUGAGAUCAAAUUUGGGGAGGGCUAAUUUGGAGAAAUUAGGUAAUUAUGAGUGGAAGCUUUAUAAGGACUUUAAAGACGUCAUUGCGGAGCGAGCUAGAGCUUCUCAGGGUGAUAAAGCAAUGGAUGGUAGAGUUUUUGCUAGACAUGUUGUCAACAAAGUUUUAGGCCCUAAACCACCGAAGCAAAUUGUGUUUGGUCACAUGACUGGUUUGUUUGCCUUGCUCUCUUGGUCUCCCCUGUGGGCGAGAGAUCUGUUUUUCUCUACCCGUUUUGGCCUUACCAAAAAGGUUUAA